GACAAACCUGAACACAUGAAAUGCUUUUCGAAGGUUUAAGGGUGUUCGUUCCUGUUCCUAAGAGUAUAUAUAGUGAGGAUAUGUAGUGAGCCAAAACAGAAGAACUUCUUCAAACUGAAGAGGGACGUGAACAUGGCCUUCCCCAGGACCCUGCUGAUUUUAUUCCUUCCACUUCUCAGCAUUGCCACAGCGAGGAUGCUCAGUCCAGACCAAGUGCAAGCGGUUCUGACGGAGAGUAAUGAUGUUAAGGAUGAGGAAGUUUGCCAAGACUGUAUCCAUAUCAUGGAGAUCCUGAAACACUUGCUGUUGGAGGAAGACUUCCAGACGAUGCUGAUGAGUGCUUUGGAGGAGGUGUGUGACUCGCUGCCCGAGCAGAUAAAGCAGCCAUGCCACAGCGAAGUCGACAAAAACCUUCGUCUCGUCCUCAACUUCCUUACCGCACUCAUGAACCCUGGACAGGUGUGCGCUUACUUGAACCUGUGUGACGGAGAGGUCAAGCAGCAGAUGGAGGACAUUUUGAUGAAUUACAUCCAGAAUACCAUCACACCCUCUGCCACCAUGAUGGAAGCUUCGUUCCCAUGCAAUGCAUGCACAUACGCUUUGAACGUGCUAGACUGCCUCCUACCCACAGCACAGACAGAGAGUGCCGUGAUCGGUGUGUUGGAUCAAGUGUGCUCCCUCCUCCCCAUCCUCAUAAGCAGUCAGUGCUCACGGGUGGUUCAGAGAUCAGUGAAGAAGCUGUUCGAGGUUCUCCUGAACGCAUCAUCGCCCAACUCCAUCUGCUCUGUGCUGCGUCUCUGUCAGAGCUCGCCUCCACCCAUGGUAUCUCCUCUCUCAGACUGUGACUCAUGUCUGACUCUGGUUGUCCUGACUCGUCUCCGUUUGGGUUUGAACGCCACUCAGCCUCAAGUCACCUCCUUCCUGCGCUCCGUGUGCCAGUCACACCCCGGCAUCCUGCCCAAGUGUGAGAGUUUUACUCAGCGCUAUGGUGAACAGCUCCAGUGGAUUCUGGGAAAAGAGGCAGUGGCUCUGGAUGUGUGUGAGAGAGCCGAUCUGUGUACGGGGAGGAAGAGGACGGAGCAGGGAGACACCGGUGACCCCUGCACACUGGGGCCCAACUACAGCUGCCGAGACCUACAAACCGCUCACACCUGUGGGGUCGUCUCUUUCUGCCAGACCAACGUGUGGAAGUAGAGCUCUGUACUCCGUUGGAUUUCAGCUUGUCAGCAUGACAUCAGCAACACUGAGUGUGACCGGGCAAUCUAAAAUGAUUUAACAGAAAUGUGUGUGUUUGCUUUUCCUAUCUGGGCUACAAGGUGAACCUGAGCUCUGACCUGCCAUUGUUUAAACUAAUAUGUUAAAGCAAUAAAAUAAAAUAAAAUCUA